GAAGUUUUCAAUCAAAUUUUAAUUUAUAUUUCUCCUCUUUUGAGUAAGUUUUUUGAGAGUGGAUUCUCUCAAUUUAUCUCUGUAUUUUAGAUCUUGCCAACAUAAGUGGUGAACCUGGCAAUCGAAUUCAUCAUAGUGGGAUUCUAAAUCUCGCCAAAAUCGGUGUUUCGGUAUCGGCUCCUACGCCACAAUGGUUGGAAGAGCGAAGGUGGCAUCGUCAGUUGCGAGCACUUUGACAAAUUUGUUGCGGAGGAUAUGGAGUGAAUGGGAUGUGAGGGGGAUGGUUCUCCUGAGCUUGCUCUUGCAAAUAGCCCUCUACAUCUUAGGCACACGCAGAAGGUACAAUGUUGGCCGUGUUGGCCGAAUUUGCAGAAUGAUUCUUUGGUUUGCCUACACAAGCGCGGACUGGGUCGCCAUUGCUGCUCUUGGUAAGCUCUCUAAUGCUCGUGCAUUAUCUCCCCCAAAAAAUGUUCUAAGAGCACUAUGGGCUCCAAUACUAAUACUGCACCUCGGUGGCCCCGAUACCAUUACUGCUUAUGCUUUGCAAGAUACUCAGCUCUGGACUAGACACAUCCUUACUUUAUUAGUGCAAUCCAUGUUUGCCAUUUAUGUCAUCUAUUUGUCAAUAUGGACCUAUCAUUUGCUUUCCAUAUUGACCGUUCCUCUCAUUUUAGCUGGAAUAGUUAAAUAUGUAGAGAGGAUUUUGUGUCUUGAGCGGACUAACUCUAAGAAAACAGAACCUGUCAUCUCCAUGUUUCAUGAUCUGGGGUUCGAGAUGAGCAAAUUCAUUGUUCGCUUUAUAAGAGAAUAUCCAGAGUCCACAAAAGUGCUACUCGGCUACUUACUGUUUUCAGUUAUGAGACCAGAUGCAAAUGAUUAUUUCAGUGGUAAGUUGUAUCUACCCUCCUAUAAAGUAAGGAUAAUAAAUUAUUUAUUUGGAGCUGCUGAUGAAUUUAGCCAUCAGAAGUUAAUUCUAGAAGCGUUGCUUCGAAGGAAAGAGCUAAGAGAAAAUCCUUUCCACGCGGCUGCUGCAGAAAUGGAGUUCAUUUUUGACAUUGUUUACACAAAAAGUUCUUUGACAUAUACCAAGACAGGAUGUUUUUUGCGUCUCUUCAGCUUCACCUGCUCCUUUUUGGUCCUGCUGCUCUUCUUGAUCCGCAUCAUGAACGAGCAUAAAUUGCAUUUCUCAAUUGUUGAUAUUCACAUAACAAUUAGCUUGUUGGUCGGAACCAUCACAAUGGAAUUUUUUGCGGUGUACUCCAUGUUUUGUUCUCAUUGGAUGAUACCUCUGAUGAUGUUUCAUGAAAAUCGUUUCAUACGCAAAAUCCUUUGGAAUUCCAAGGUUUAUGGCUUUCUAGAAAAGGUUUUUAGCAGGCAUAUUCUUGAAAAUUUGCAUAAGCUCAACCAUACCAGGUUUGUGAAGGUUCCACCCAGUUUAAAGCUACAAGAGGAUUACCACAAGUGUCUAGAAUCCUUCUUUAAGGAUGGUCUUUCCUUUGAACCAACAAGAGGGGAAAAGACGCUUGAUAAAAUCAAGGAAAAAGCAUCAUUUGAUGAUUCACAAUACAAAAGCUUGAGAGAGAGCAUUGAAUUGGACUUUGAUAUCAGCAUCAUAGUCUGGCACCUCGCCACCAGUAUUUGUUACUAUCAAGAUGUCCAGCAUUUAUACCGAAGUAUCUUAAUUGAAGACAGGAAAAGUAGCAAAUAUAUAUCAGAUUAUAUGAUGUAUCUGCUGGCCUUGCAACCUGCUAUGCUACUGCCUGAGCAUUGUAGGAGUUUCUCGCUAGAUGAUGUUUGCCGCAAGCUUAAAGAUCUUUUCUCCAAGGCAUCAAAUAUGGAUCAUGCUUUGACAUUAUUGUUAAGCCAGGAUGAUCCCCAGGCACGGCACAGAAUCCCAGACCCAUUGAAUAAACUUAAGAGGUACACAUCAAAUCUAGUCAUAGCACUCAACUUGGCACAAACAUGGGAUAGAUGGGAGAUAAUAAAGAAAAUGUGGAUAGAGAUACUUCUCUAUGCCGCCCAUUCGUGCCAACAUGCAAACCAUGUUAAGCAGCUGGGACAAUCUGACCGUGAAUUCCUUACCCUGAUCUGGGUCAUGGGAGGAUCUCAUUUUAUAGAAAGUAUGGCAAUGCAAAGGUACUAGCCAUUAUACCCUCAGACUUUGCUGCAAGGAUUGUAGGUGUUCUUAAUCACAUCUUUUGUGUAUUUGAUAUGUAUGGGCGUCUUGUUGCAAUUAUUACUUCUUUUUCUUUGCUUUUGCACUCUAACCCUUGAAUGUACCAUUACAUUGUGGAUUAUAGAUUUGACAAUUGCUAGACAAUAUAUGUAACCUCUUCUA